CGAUGAACCUUGGGAUAUGUGAGACUACGAAGUAUGGUAGCGGUGCACACUCCAAAAACAGGUCAAAUGAGUGCGCAUUUGUGGGGUGCAUUAUGAGAACACUUUGAAUUGGGACACCAUUCGCCGCGACACGGCAACCGUCCAGCUCAUCUACUCUUCUUCUAGGUAAAUGUUACAUUAUUCACUAAACAAAAGGAGGUGCCACCCAUGGCACUACAUUCAAUAACCAUGGCCGUUCUCGGCUUCUGUAUCUCCGUCCAAUCAGCAGCAGGUGUCUUAAUUAAGUUGAGGGCAGGUGAGAUCAAAUUAUGGCAGCCUGGUUGCUCUUGUUUUCACAUCAUGCCGGUGCUCGCGUGGCUUCUGUGGACGUUGUUUCCUGGUACCCUGGGAGGUCCUGUUCAGCACGCGACAUGGUCCGAGACAGACACUGAUGCCCAACGCCCUGCAUUCUACUUCCUGCCCAUGUUCCAGCAGUCAGCGGGGCCGCUUGUAGCACCCGAGUUUUUCCGGCCGGGUCCCCAUAGAAGCGCGCUUCCCGCCGGACUACCUGUGCUGCUCUUACCACCAACCAGACAGCAGCAGAGCGUCCCAGGGACCGGAACACGCGCUGUGGAGGUCUGGUGCGGUAUCGAUGAAAUAUCCGUGCGCGUGGACCGCUUCCAGCUGCGGUCUUGGGCCCUUCCGACCCAGUUCCGACUAGGUUGGUGUGAAGCUAGCAGGACCAGCCUCCGCUUCCUUUACUUCCACUCCGGACUGACGGAGUGCGGCGGACAGUCUGAGGUGGCUCAGGGAAGGCUUGUGUAUACCUUUUCACUACGUUAUACUCCACGUCCACAAGGCUCGGUCAUCAGAGUUGUACCACUCAACCUCCCCAUCCACUGCCAUUACAACAGGUUUCAUUACUCUUACCAGAUUGGCUUCAGACCUCAUGUUCAGCAUAUGACUUUUAUGAAGAGUGUCAGGAGUAAACUACAUUUCAGCCUCACAGUCUGCAAUGCCCAGUGGGAGGCCCUUCCCCCAGGCCAAGGGUUCUUUUUAGGGGAGCUGGUGUAUUUUGUUGCCCAGACAGGACCUCUGUUGACUGGAGAGAGGCUUUAUGUAGACUCAUGCUAUGCCACAGGCUCCAAAGACCCAAAGAGCAUACCCAGAGUGGACAUUAUAACAAACUAUGGCUGCCUGACAGACAGCAGCAGGGAGGGCAGCAGCUCCCAGUUCCUGAUGAGAGAUGGCAGUGUGUUAACAUUCUCUGUGGAUUCAUUUUUCUUCCAAGCUGUCUCACAAGUGCUCUACGUCCAUUGUUCUAUGUCAGUCAGUCUCACCACUUCCCAUACCUCAAAGUCCUGCAACUACAACAAGGCUACUGGCAGGUGGGAGGAGCUGGACGCUCCGGCCUCACUGUGCUCCUGCUGUUUGUCCAUGUGUGCUGACAUACAGGACUCUAUCAAGAACACAGUGAGCAGUGCAGGCUGGUUCAUUGAGCGAAAGAGUGAAGAGAAACCAAGGAUGAAGGUGCCAUCUUUUCAAGCAGAGGAAGGAAAAGACUGGUUGGAUCAAGAGGAGAGAAGAGAAGAGCACCUUAAAGUCCAGACUUUUCCAAAGGAGACAAAAACUGGCACUGAGGAGGAAAAAGAGACAAUUUCUGAGAAGACUUCUGAGCUCCUUAUGGAGAAAAAAGAGUGGAGACACAGUCCUGCAAUCAGCCAGCAAGAUGAGGUGAUGGAAGAAACGGAGAGCCAGCUAAAAGAAUUAGAAACAGAUGGCAUCAUUGUGUCUGACCAACCUAGAUCAGUGGGCAGAGAGGUGGUUCAGGCCAGGGAGGAUGUCCCUGGGAACAAAAAUGGUUCUAUGGGUGGAUUAUCUACUGAGAACAUGAGCACGAAUGCAUCGAGAGAUGGUUCUGCCUCUGCCACUAUGACUAGCAGAAAUUCCAUGUUUGGUAUUGCUUCUGAUAAUACAAGUAAUCAUGGUUUUGCUGAAAAUGUUUCCACAGCUGCAAUUCCUAUCACUAAACAUGUCAACAUGAUCACCGCUCUUGCAGAGAGAUUUACCCCCAAUAAUGGUCGAGCUAUAUUUGGCAACAGUGAAUUUGGUACUGUUUGGGAUUCAAAAGGAUCACCUAGACUUCCAGGUCAGGAAAGAGCAGGAAGGUCAGGUAAAAUGGAUGCUCUUCUGUGGUUGGGGCAGGUAAAGUCUGUUAAAUCACUUGACACAAAGUCUGACAGAAUACCAGAGCAACUGGGUGAUUCUGUCAACAGCAAAGGACCACGUGGAGAUGAUGUGCUUCACAGUAUAGAGGUCAGAGGGUCAGAAUCAGACCAGUCUGCUCAUCCAGCUGUUUCCAGGGCUCAAAAGUGUGUACAGGAGAGUUGGAGAGAGUUGGCUUUUGAUUGUGGAAUUGAGGAAGAUGAAGCUUUUAAUCUUGAUCAGCUAACUGGAGCAGUAAAACCAAAGAUAGAAGUACAGGGAUUGUCGGGCGGCAUUAUAAGUUCUGGUUCUGUUAGUUCAGAGCAAAUGUAUCAGAACGAGCUCAGUCAUUCUGCUGAGGUGACAGUCACUACCAUCCUGCGAGGCUCUGAGAGCAGCCAGAUGUCUGACAGAGGGUGGGGUGAAGUGUUGUCGGGAUGGGGCCUGCAGACUUCAGGGUUUGUGGUUGAGCAGCCAUCAGAGGUAAAAGAGUUGAGACAGGAGAUGAUGGAUGACUUCUAAUCAUAUGACAUCAUUCUCACUUGUUCUUGGAGGGACUUGAUACAACAAAUGUUUACAUCUCUUUGAAUUAGUUCUGUGUACAAAAGUUCAGUAUGUAGUAGUUCAGUUGUAUUGUUUGUGGAGUACUCAGGGCAGGUUUUGGAGCAAACCCUCAGCAAGCAAAAACAGAAGCCGGUGCUCACCUGACUUCACCUGUAGACAAGUGAUGACCAAUAAACUCCUGUCCACGUAAUUAAAUAA